CAGUAAUUUCCCGUCAUUCUUCUGCAUUUGGCAUUCAACGUUGAAGGUCGUGUAGAGACCUUAGGUUAUAGUUUUAUAGUAAUUAAUUUAAGCCUAUUUUAGUGAUAAUGGCAAAUAACGAUAACUUUGCACAAGAUGUUACUGAAAAUCAACUGAAUGGAAAUGGCGAGAACGGUGGAGGCGAUGGACAAGAACACAACAGUGCUGAAGCCCCCGGACGCGAUGACGACAGAAAACUUUUUGUGGGAGGAUUGAGCUGGGAGACUAUGGACAAGGAGUUACGUGACCACUUCAGUGCUUACGGUGAAAUUGAGAGCAUCAAUGUCAAGACAGACCCUAACACUGGAAGAUCCCGAGGAUUUGCAUUCAUUGUCUUCAAGUCACCAGACUCGAUUGACAAGGUGAUGGCUGCUGGCGACCACAUGAUCAACAACAAAAAAGUAGACCCCAAGAAGGCAAAGGCACGUAACGGCAAAAUAUUUGUUGGAGGUCUAAGCAGCGAAAUCUCAGAUGAUGAAAUUAAAAACUUCUUUGGCAAUUUUGGAAAUAUCCUCGAAGUGGAGAUGCCAUUCGACAAAACGAAGAACCAAAGAAAGGGUUUCUGUUUCAUAACCUUUGAAUCUGAACAAGUCGUCAAUGAACUACUGAAAACGCCCAAACAGACCAUUGCAGGAAAGGAGGUGGACGUAAAGCGAGCGACACCCAAACCGGACGGUCCCGGGGGUAUGGGCGGUCGAGGGGGUCGCGGCGGGCGGGGUGCGCGCGGGGGACGUGGCGGCCGCGGCGGGUACGGCGGUCAGGGAGGCGCCUGGGGCAACCAGGGCUACGGCGGAUAUGGCUACGGACAGGGCGGCUACGGCUCCGGAUAUGACAGCUACGGCUACGGAUACGACGGCUACGGGGGCUACGGCGGAUACGGCGGAUACGAUUACUCCGGAUACCCCAAUUACGACUACGGCGGUUACGGAGGGUACGAGGGCGGCUACGGCGCGCGCGCGGCUCCUCGCGGUAAAGCGGGGUUCCAAGGCGGCAAACAGCGCGGGGGAGGCGGCGGUAGAGCCAACCAGAGGCACCAACCAUACUAGACACACACCUGUACCUGCCAAUAGUCAUCUCAGUCCAAUUGUAAGGUUAAGAGGUCGGUGACGAAGUUCCCCGCGCCGUGGCCGCGUCGGGGUGCUCGUCAUUCCAUUCCACGUUAUUAAUUAAGAGAAUAAUUCUUUUUAAGAAAAAACGUACGUCGUACGUGACGUUGGCCACGUCUUAAUGGUCGUUACUUUACAUAAAUUAUAAUAAUAUAGUAUGGAUUAAAUAGAUUAACUCGAGUAUUAUUGCUGAAUAGAUUCAAUUGACAUUAUAGUUUUGAAAUCAUACCUUUUUGAACUGAUCCUAGAUUAAUGAUAAUUAUACAGAGUUAGUAUAACUAUAGUAGCGGCGUCGCGGUCGGCGCGGCCGCCGUCCCCCGCGUCCGUAGGUGUGUGUGUGUGCGAGUGUGUGCGCGCGUGUUUUGUUGUACAGCCGCCUCCAGCUACAUUUGUUCUGGAUCUCAUUACACAAAAUAUGUUGUAGAUUGUAAAAUUAAUUUUGGUAAUCAAACCCAGAGGAAAUCGAGAAUCAUGUAAUUUUAUACAAAACAGUUGUUUCUUCCAUUGGUUAGGAAUGAAGUUAGUGUAAGUAAGCAGACAUGAACAAACUGGAACUUCUGGAGAUAUACGAUGUGUAUGUCUAAAUAAAUGAUUAUGUAAAUAAAGUGUUGACUUUUUGUCUGUCUACCA